AGUGACAUCCCACCCCUACAUGUGCAAGUAACCCCCACCCCUUUACUUCUCCGUCCUCUCUGCUUCUCCACCUUAGUCUCUCUCCUCUCUUUGCCGUCUUCCCAGCCUCCUCUCUUUACUGUCUCCUCUCUUUUCCGGUUCUUAUCUUCUCUCUUUGCUAUCUUCACCGCCCUCCUCACUGCCGCCGCCGCCUGCCGGUGGUCCGCCUUGACAGAACUCCUCUCUGCCGUCUUCACAACCCUCCUCUGUGCCGCCGACGGUCCGCCAUCAAGGUUAUCAAGUUCAUUUUGCUCCAGUUUUUUGGGAAUGCCAUUGUUUCCUUCAUUUUUGGAACAUGGUGGUGAACAUCAUCACCAACAUCAGUUAUGUUUGUUUUGCACCAGCAAUUAUGUCUGUGCAAUGAGGUUGGAUGUAGGUUUCACCUACAGAUAAUGUCAGGCAAUAUGCAGCAUGUAUGUGGUGUUACGAUCCUUGCAUUCGCGGAGUACCUCUUGGCUCGUUCGCCACUACUUCCUGACUGCACCUACGAUUAUGUCGACGACUUCCGUAGGCAAUAUGUGGCACGGCUAUUAAGUGUUAGUGUAUUGAAAAAAAUCAGUAGCACACAGAUAUUAAGUGUUGGUGUAUUCAAGAGAAACAACUAUUAAGUCUAAGUGUACAGCAGUUACACAAGGAAAUACUAUUUACAUAGUUAGUGUUCUACUUGCCCAUGAAAUAAGCCACAAUUAUUGUUAAUUUUUUUUAUUGAUUCAUAUGGCGGGAAAGUCGUCGGCGGCACCAUCACAGCCCGCUGCCUCGUCCCUAAAUGAUGUUUGGUUAGCUGUCAAGGAUCUCGCUCUUGAGAUUCACGCACUCCGCCAAGAACAAAUUGCUCUGUCACGACGCGUUGAUGAUGCAUUCUCUCUUUUGGAAACUCGGGAGACCCUAAGUGAUUACAAAAGUGGGUUAUUUUGUAAUCGCCUUUUUAAACCGCGGCGACCGGAUCCAGAUUUUCCAACAUGGUUUUAUAGUGUUACAGGCAUUCGUCCUAAUGCUUGGAUGUCGAACAUUGAGCAACCAAAAGAAGAGCAAUUGCAUGAACCCGUUAAGGAAAUCAUUUCAGUUGUGACAGUUGAGAAAGAUAUUAUUGCUCCUACAAGUGUUUCUGAUGAGGUUCCUGUUAUCAUUUUUGAUGAUUGUGCUACGGAUUUUGCGGGAAACAUAAGCUUGGAAAACCCGUUUGUGUUGCCUAAUGAUGUUUCUCUACCAAAGGCUUUUCCAUUGACUAGCAUGUUUGAAAGAGUUAGGGAUCAUGUUUUACUUGAGGGUGGUAGGGGGUUGCAUUUUGUUUCUUUCGAGGCACCUUCCCUCAUCACAUUGCUUGGAGUUCUUUGUUUGCCUGGACAGAAUUCGGAGGCUUGGUCCGAAGGUGGCCAAUUUAUUUUGUUCGCUAUUGCAUCAACUAUUUUGAAGCUUGAAUGGGAUCCUCCACCAAACAUGGCAUGCACAGGGUCAUUGCACACCGUUUGCUUUCCUACUAGUUACACCUUGAGGACAAGGUGUGUUUCUAUCGGGGCGGCAGUGAUACAGAAGGAUUAAUUAAUAAUUUAUAGUUAAUUAGAUAUUUUAAUAGUUUAGCUAGAUAGUUUAAUUAUUUUUAUUUACUUUUUGUUGUUGAGUGGAAUUAUAACACUCCUUCGAGGGUUUCUUUUCGGUUCUUUACCUCGACGCUUUUAUUGAACCGACAGGCUUAGGGAUUAGGUAUUUGCUAGCGUUAGGGUUUAUUAUAUUUAUCUAUAUAUUGAGUUGUAAUCCCCUUGAGAAUAUCAUUAAUGAAGAACAAUAAUAUUU